CUGUGAGUCUGUGACCUUCCGCCCUGCCUCACCGUCGUCUCCGCCUCCGGCGAGUCCUCCGGUGGUCGGUGAAGGUCGCUCCGCCGUCUUAACCUUACCGUAGUAGCAGGGAAGAACAGGGGACUGACCAGCGUCUGUUAGCUUUGCUGAUUUCCAUGGCUGCCUCCAAGUUUCAGGCCUUGUGGAACCAUCCUGCUGGCCCCAAAACCAUUCAUUUCUGGGCCCCGACGUUCAAAUGGUUCCUCAACAUUGCUAAUGUGGCUGACUUCGCUAAACCACCUGAAGAAAUAUCAUAUACUCAACAAGUUGCUUUGUCUUGCAAUGGGCUCAUUUGGGCACGCUACAGCAUGGUUAUCACACCGAAAAACUGGAACCUUUUCAGCGUUAGCUCGGCACUGGCAUGCACAUGCGUAUACCAGAUUUCACGUAAAAUACGGAAGGAUUGCUUCUCUGACGAUGGCCAGGCAACAUUGCCAUCUCUGAAAGCUUAACUACAACGAGCAAUUAAGAAAAGUUUACACGUUCUUACAGGCAAUCUCUGCAUGUUCUGCACUUGAUCAGUACUCUACCAGACUAGUACACUUAUCAUAUCAGUAUCCAGACUAGUACACUUAUCAUAUCAGUAUCCAUGUAUCAUUAUCUCUGUACCAUAAAAACCAAUGGAAAAUUUUCAAAUGCCCAUCUACCAAUAA